AUGAUGGGGAAGGACUACAGUUUAGCCAUCAUCAUUGUGAACUGUGACGAUAACGUGUGGACAGAUCAGAACCUGCAGAGCGACCCAGAGCUCCCCCCUGGCUGGAGGACCAUCACCGACAGCACUGGCACCUACUACUGGCACCUGCCCACAGGGGACACCCAGUGGGAGAAGCCAGGGGAGAGCCUCCCCCAGGAGAAAGCACAGGAGUUGAGUCCGGGCCACAGACCUCCGCUCAGAUCCUCAUGGCCCGAGAACCUGCCCCCGGCCGAGCCCAGGGAGCGGGGAGAUCUGCGGGACGUGAGUGACCCGGACUCCCAGGUUUUCUCGGUGCGUUCUCUCGGGUGGAUGCAGGUCUUGGAGGAGGACCUGGGACCAGGACGCAGCAGUCUGGUCGUGAGUCAGGUCAUCCAAAACCUGAGUCAGAACCACAGCCGGACCAGGUCUACGGAGAGUCCACCACAAAACAAUGACUCAGCGGAAACUCUAGAGGCUUCUGGGGAGGGGCGGGAAAUGCGUCUAGUUUUGAAAAAAGAAUCUCUGAUGCUAUUGGACCCCUUAGACCACAGUCCCCUGCAUUGUCAGCCAAUCAGCAACAUCCGAGUGUGGGGGGUGGGCUGCAACAACGGCAGAUGUGACGCCCGAGCGAGAAGUAUCAGUACUGCACUGCACCGGCUCUGCACCCAGAUGAUGUCACACCAAAGUACUCGUCCUCCUCGCUCGCUCACCUGUGACUCUAUCGCUCCAGAGGAUUUCCCUCGCCAAGUGCAGUGUGUGGAGGCCGUGCAGCAGCAGCAGAGGUUUCCGGUCCAAUACAUGGGAAACCUGCCGGUGUCCCGAGCCACAGGCAUGGAGGUGGUGAACAGAGCCAUCAACAGCCUCAUGACCUCCGACCCCGACGACUGGAGCUCCGCCCACAUCCACGUGUCCCACAGCGCCCUCUGCCUGUGGAGAGGAGAGGAGCUGCUGUGGGAGUUGCCAGUCAGACUCCUCAGUUUCCUUGCCGUUGGGCAAGACACUCACACCUUUGGUUUCAUCGCAGACCGAGGAAAGAAGUUUGAGUGUCACGUGUUUUACUGCCAACCACACGCAGGAGAGCUGUCAGAGGCCGUACAGGCGGCAUGCAUGGUGCAGUACCAGCGCUGCCUCGUGGCCCAGAUGCCCCGCCACAGGCCCAAAGUUAAACGCACCACUUCAGUGGAUGCCACGGCGACUGCUCUACACCGCUUCCACGGCAACAGCUCCAGCUCCGCCCACAGCAGUGGCGUGACUAAUGUUAGCGGAACUGCAGUUAGUACUAGCGGCGUGCGCAGAGUCAUGGCACUUUUUGACUCGCUGCGAAACAAACCGGCUGUCACCUAG